UCAAUGUUUAACAUGGGCUACGGCUAACACUCAAUUCAAUUUAUUAAAUUUAUUACAAGUUUUAAUAGACUCAAAUCAUAAUUAGCAUUAACUUUUAUAUAAAUUCCAAUAAAAAAUGACAGAAUUCUUGGCUGAGAAUAAUCCUUGCGGUCAGAGUUUAAUAAGAAUUGUAGCAAUGGGGAAUUCUAUAAUUGCAGAAACUUUAAGAUUAAAGGAUUAUAUUCCUGAUAUAUUUAAACUAGAAACCAAAGCGGAUCAACAAAAAUACUGUGAUGUAAUUCUUGACUUUAGUUAUCUUCAAAAAUCAGAAGUGCAAGAUAAAAAAAUAGAAAACAAUCCUGUUUUACAAGAAUUGGAUUUAGAAAUCAAAGAAAAUUAUUUAGAGUUAUUGAGUCGCUUUUAUUUAGCAUUUGAAAGUACUCAUCAAUACGCUCUUAAUUUGAAUCAGUUUGCUAAUCAACUUAAUGAUGGGUAUUUCAUACAGCAAAGUAUAGAAUCAGUUUUACAUGACGCAGAAGGAAAACAGUUGCUUUGUGAAGCGCUUUAUUUAUUUGGUGUUAUUCUUUUAGUAAUUGAUUUUCAUAUUCCUGGAGUUGUACGAGAAAGGCUUUUGAUUUCAUUUUUACGCUAUAGUGCUUCAAGAACACAUGGGGGAAGUAAUAUAGAUGAUGUGUGUAUGUUAUUACGUUCUACUGGUUUUUCAUCACUGCCAAACGCGAAACGCGUACCUAACUACCCAGAAAACUUUUUCAGUCGAUUUCAAUUUAAUGAGACUUUUGUCGACAUGGUAAUUGCCCGCUUGAGAUCUGACGAUAUAUAUAACCAGAUUUCAUUGUACCCAAACUCGGAACAUCGAUCCGUUGCCUUGUCUAAUCAAGCUGGAAUUCUUUUUAUUUGCUUGUAUUUUUCACCAAAAACUUUACAUAACCAGUUAUCUCAAAUGAGAGAAAUUACAGACAAAUUUUUCUACGACAAUUGGAUUAUACCAAUUUAUAUGGGUAUUACAAUUAAUUUAAUAGAUGCUUGGGAUUCGUUCCGAUGUGCAAAACAAGCAGUCAACGGUAUAUUUGAAAACAAUUCGUUAAAAAUUUUAUGUGCCCGUCAUAAAGAGCAGCUUGAAAAAUUAAUUCCACAGACAGAACAUUUAUUGCAAGAGGGAGUUCUAAAUGAAGAAUAUAUAUUAAAACAUAUAACAAAAAUCAUAUAUUUAAUAAAAAACUGUAACAUAACGUUAAGGUGGUUCUUAUUGCACACAAAUCCUGUGAUACUUGAAUUUAGUGGUUGUAAAAGACAAAAACAAAUUUCAGAUCAAAUAUUAGCAGAGUCGAAUUUUAAAAGUUCUCAACUAUUUGAAUUACUUUUAAAUACAAGCCAAUUAGAAUUAAUUGUUAAAGAAAUUUUGAAGGAAAUAAUGUCGGAAAAAGAAAAAAGAUGGAAUGAUUAUCGGACCGAAGCUUCAAGCAGAUUAAUUGAAUUAAGCGAACUAUUUUCCGGAAAACAAAAGAUUCUAAGCAAAAUUGAAGAAAAUAUUGGUUUAAGAAACUGGUUUGAAGUUGUUUCUAAAGAAAUAACACAUGUAUCGAUUGAAAACCAAAACAUGUCAGGUCGCAUUAUUAUCGAAUCUAUACAAGCUUUGGAAGACGUGCAAAAAUUUCAUAAUUUACAUUCCAACAUGCAAGUGAAACAACAUAUUUAUGAAACAAAAAAUUAUUUAAAUCAAUUAGUUCAGCUGAUCAACUUAAAAGAGGAUGUAUUAAUCGACAUACAGUUGAUAAGUGAUUUGAGUUAUGCGUGGUGCAUCAUCGAUAAAGCAUAUACCUAUAUUAUGCAGGAAAGCAUUAAAAAAAGCCCUAACAUUGUAAUAAAACUACGAGCCACAUUUUUAAAAUUAGCCACAGCCUUGGAAAUUCCUUUGUUACGAAUAAAUCAAGCGAAAAGUGAAGAUUUAGUUUCAGUUUCUAGAUAUUAUAGUAAUGAUUUAGCAAAUUACUUAAGAAAAGUCGUGCAAGUUAUACCUGAAACUAUGUUCGGAAUAUUAGCUAAAAUUGUUGAGUUGCAAACUGACGUUAUAAAAGAACUACCAACACGCCUUGAUAAAGAUAAAUUAAAAGAUUUUGCUCAACUUGAAGAUCGUUUUCAAGUUUCAAAACUGACAUAUUCAAUAUCGGUAUUUACAGAAGGGAUCCUUAUGAUGAAAAAAACCCUAAUAGGCGUAAUCGAAUUAGAUCCCAAGCAAUUGCUUGAAGAUGGAAUUCGUAAAGAAUUGGUAGUCAAUCUAUCACAGGCUUUGCAUAAUGGUUUAAUAUUUUCGCCAAAAACUAAAAGUGUUGAUUUGGAAUGUAAACUAGAAGCCCUGACAAAAGUUAUUGAUGGAUAUAUGAGGUCAUUUGAAUAUAUACAGGAUUAUUUGAACAUAAAAGGAUUGAAAAUUCUUCAAGAAGAGUUAUUACGAAUAAUUAAUUACAAUGUUGAAAAGGAAUGUAAUAUAUUCUUGCGGAACAAAAUACAGGAUUGGCAAUCAUCCUUCCAAAGCAGUACAAUACCUAUACCUAAUCACCCUACACCACUUGGAGACAUUUCAAAUAAUUUUAUAGGCAGAUUGGCUCGCGAAUUAAUUUUACACACUCAUCCUAACCAAAGUAUUUAUUUAGAUCUAAGAGGAAUUUGGUAUGAUAGGAAGACCCAAAAUGAAAUUUUAGAUGCUAAAAUAUUUACAAAAAUAAGAGAAGCAAUAACCCCAUCAGGUCUUGUUGGAUUAGACAAAGUAUUUGCUCUCAUGUUUACGUGUGACUUAGAACAAAAUAUUGAAAAAAUUAAUAAAAAUGUUACAUCAGAUCAAAUGUGGUUAGAUCUGUUAAAUAAUCUUACAAGGGAGUUGGAAAAUAAAAUGUACAUCGAAAAUCCCCAUAAAUUUUAUAUUACCUAUACUACAAGAUGGAUUAAAGUGUGGCCAAAAAUUUUGGAUUGGAUUAUAAAUAUUGGUCACAUGCAAAUAUUAAGGAGGCAUAUAGCAUUCGAGCUGAAUACAAGUUGCAGACUUAGUGCUAAGAACUUAGAAUCUGUUAUAACUAAUUUCAACAGAGCUUUAAUGUUGGAAAUACGUGAGAAUUCGGAAAAUUUUAAUAAAUAUAAACCUAUUGUAAUGGAACUUAAUCCAUAUUUGUUAUUAACUGGAUUGUAUGAGCCGUUAGAACAAGUUUUCGUCAUAACAAAGAAUUCGCAUUUUGUCUCUCUUUUAUUGUUUCUGUUUACUAUUUCACAUAUACAUAAAUUCAAAUACUUUAAAACUAUUGAUUGUUUGGUCGCCAAAAAUUCUAAGGAUCAUCUUGAUUGCAACCCACUAGUGUUUGGCUUAUUAACAGUAUUAAAACAAUUCAACCCGAACGUAAUGGAGCUAUACUUAGAUUAUAUGUGUCAAUACAUCAAUUCCUUUGUAGAUUAUAAUUUAAGAAUGAAACAGGAAAUAAACUCUGACACACAGAUGGUCAUUCAUUUUAUGGAAAUUUUUAUAAAAUUAGCAAAUAUGUCAAGACAAAAAUUACUGGAAAGAAUUCCCGAAGUUGUACUGAAUUAUUAUGAAACAAUGGGAACAAAUUGACAUGAAGAUAAAUUCGUAUGUACAUACUUAUGUAGUUAUUUUACAUUUUUUAACAUUAAAAAAAAAUAAAAACCGCCAUUUCACAUUGAAUUAAACGAUUUUUAUUAAAUUUUUACAUUUGACCCAAUCCCCAAUCUUAUGUUUCUUGUUCCU